UCACCAAAGUUUUAAAUUGGAUAUGAUGAAGAAGAAUAAUCGUUUAUAUAAUGGGAAAUUUCAAUUUGUAAUAAUAUUUCAAAAGAUUACUUUAGUCUAGUUGUUAGUGUGCUCCUUUAAAAAGGUAUCCCGGCAUGGGUUUGAGUCCCAGAAUGAACAUAUUUUUUAAAAAUAUAUAUAUAUCAAAAUGACGUCGUCUUAUCUUGUUAGCGGUUGACUGAUUUUUGUUAGUCAAUCUAGAUUAUGCACGUUUUAAGAAGUUUGGGUAGUUUUUCUUAAAUUAUAAUUGAGUUGAGAUUGUUUUUGGCACUGACCAUUUGUUCCGGUCCUAUUUGGCAAGACUGAAAUUGUUGGGGUCGAAAUUGACACUUUUGCUCAUAUAUCAAAACGACGUCGUUUUAUCUUGUUAAUAGUUGACUAACUUAUGUUAGAUUCAAUAUAGAUUUAAGCAUGUAUUAAAAGUUCGGAUAAUUUUUUUGAAUUAAAAUUGAGUUAAAGUCGUAUUUGGCACCGAUUAAUUGUUCGGGUCAUAUUUGGCACGACCGAAAUUGUUGGGGUCGAAAUUGACACUUUUGCUCGUAUAUCAAAACGACGUCGUUUUAUCUUGUUAAUAGUUGACUAACUUAUGUUAGAUUCAAUGUAGAUUUAAGCUUGUAUUAAAAGUUCGGAUAAUUUUUUUGAAUUAAAAUUGAGUUAAAGUCGUAUUUGGCACCGAUUAAUUGUUCGGGUCAUAUUUGGCACGACCGAAAUUGUUGGGGUCGAAAUUGACAUUUUUCCCCCAUACAGCCCACACGGUUUGAGAAGCAAAUGAAACUACAUGGGAAGUAUCUAGAUGUAAUUUAGCAGUCCAUCGAGUCUUUGAUUCAUUUCAAGCUAGAUCCGAAACUGAAUGAGCUAAUUAAUGGUUUUGGUUGUGGAUUAGAUGUGCACAAUAUCUGUUUAUAUUUGGUACAAAUAUAUAACCAUGUAAACGUUUUAAAUACAUAGGAAAAAGACCACAUGCAUAUUAUCGUGGAAAUUUUAAAAAGUUCGUGUGUUCAAAUAAUUGUGAAUUACAUAGGUAGAUAAUGACUAAGUCAUGUUUAUCUCUAAUUUACAUCUUUAUCUCUAUAUUUGCUGACCUAAUUUGGUUUCAGCCAUUCGCUAGCGUUGUUCAGACAAGCUAAUGACUAAGUCAUGUUUAUCUCUAUAUUUGCUGACCUAAUUUGGUUUCAGCCAUUCGCCUAGCGUUGUUCGGACAAGCUACAUACAUGUAUAUGUGGUAUUUUACAAUAUUCCAAAACUUCAUAUAAAAUAGUUUAAUUAAAAAUGCAGAGUUAAAAUAUUAUGUAUAUUUUUAGUACUCCGUUACAAAGUAAUUUAUAACAAUCCAACUAGUAGUAAAAAGACAUCAUAUAAAACUUGCAAACAUUUUAUAUUAAAAAAAAAACUUUUAAAAGCAAUUUAUAUUUUAAGACGGAAACAAUAAUGUGUCAGAGAAAUGAUUAACCAAGUCAUAUGCAGAUAUGCCAAAACAAUUGUUUACAAAAUCAUCACGUUUCUAAAUUCAUGUAUAUUAUACUCAAUUAAUUACUCUUUGCACUUGUACAGUUGUUUUCAGAUUUAGUUUUGAGUUUAUUCCAACUUGAUUUAAGUUUCUCCUUUCAAGGUUAAGUGGCUUUGGUCCCAGCUCCUUUAUGAGUUUGAUAUUGGUUUAGUUAGGUUUUAGGGUCUGAAUAGUAACCGCAUAUUUGGUAAUAUAAGCGGAAGAAAAUUGAAGUGCAGUACGGUUCAAUUGCGGUUCAUGCGGUUUACGGGACAAAUGCGGUUUUAAUAGAAAAAUAGUAUUAUUUUGAUAGAAAAAAUGCGGUUUUGAUAUAAAAAAUAUGGUUUGAUAAAAAAAGUAAUAUAAAUAAAUAUAUUAAUAUAACUAAAAAAUGAAACUUGUUUAUUUAGUGAUAAAUAUAAAAUAUAAUUUUGAUAAAAAUGUGGCUGUUAGUUUAUGUAUUUUAUAUAAAUUAUUUAUUAAGUUAUUUAUUUUAUACGGCACAUUCUUAUUCGAUAAAUUUUAUAGCAAACAAAAUGUUCAGUUUAUAAAUGAUAUUUUUAAAUAUUUUAUGAGAAAUUGCUUAAAUUACCACAUUUUAGUACAACUUUCCGUGUUACCUUAGCUACAUUUACCUUUAGUUAAAAAAAUAAAUAGACACUUAUAACCAUAAAGUUAAGUAAUAUAGAUUUAGAGUUUUGAUUUGAGAGGUAAGGUUUUGGAAGGUGGUGAACUUGAUCGGGUAAAGUUAAAAAAAAAAUCUUGUUAAAUCUAAUUUGCAAAAAAAAAAGACAUUUAACACAUUCCUCGUUUUGGUGAAUUUGAUCGCGUUUGAUCAAUUUUUUGUUUAAUUAAUAUACGGUUUUUAACAUAACAUAACAUGUAACCGGGUAAAAAAACGAGUCACAGUUUAACAGAUCUAUCUGGUCAAGUUUCAAAACACUAGUCAAAAUUAAAUAUACUAAUAUUUUAUGUAUAAAUUAAUGGAUAUGAUUUUUAAAACAAAUAUGAGGAAUAAUAUUUGAUUGGUAAAAUUAAAAAUUGUUAUUUGAAUUAAAUCAUAAAUAACAUGUUUACAACUACAUUUAUAGCAUAAUAGUUACUUUCAAAUAUGUGCUAGUUGCGACGCUUUCAAAAAUAAAAAUAGCAAAUUAAUUUUCAGAAGACAAUAAUUGUUUUUUUUUCUCUUGAACAUAAAUGCCUUGUACACAAAACAAUAUUCUCUUCUCUUGAACAUAGUGAGUAUUUGUCAAAUACGAUAGGCAAUAGGUGUUAGUGCGGUUUUAAUCAAUUAUCAACUACGUAAGAGGUAAAUUUAACAUUCGCGUUUUUGCUUUUUCAUUUUUAAAAACCGCACACCUUUCUGAAAAUUUGUUGAUUGGUGAUCGUUUUUGACAAUACCGCUUUAAAAUACGCACUUCACAUUUCACCAUUUGUUACCUGAAAAAAAAAAAUUGAUGCAAAACAAUUAUUUGUGCCGUCUAGAAAUUUCCCGGUCGGAUUAAGUUGGGUUUUAGUAAGCGUGCAAGUAAAGUUACUCCGACAAUAAGAACUCUUGUUUUUACUGCUUGGUGCAGUCCGGUCUACUUUGGUCUAACCGAACCAAUUGAGAAUACACAUAGUGAUCAUAGUAGAAGCUUUUAUGUUUAGAGUUGACUUUAAUUUCAUUUUAAGACAACAUACCAUCAUUUUGAUCGGUUCAAAAAAGUGGGAAAGAUGGAGAUCGCAAACACAAAAUGGGUGGCUGCGACGGCGAGCAUGUGGAUAGAGAGCUUCAUUGGAGCAAGCUACACAUUUGGAAUCUACUCUUCUCUCCUCAAGUCAUCCCAAUCUUAUGACCAAUCUACACUUGACACCGUCUCCGUCUACAAAGACAUCGGGGCAAACGCAGGCAUCCUCUCCGGCCUUUUUUACACGGCGGUUGCAAGCGGCAGAAGCGGUAACGGUCGCUUCUUUAGUGGGCCAUGGCUGGUUAUAUUUGUUGGGCUGCUCCAAUGGUUCGUGGGGUAUGGUUUCAUAUGGAUGGCUGCAUCCGGAGUGGUCGAACCGCCUCCGGUGGCUGUGAUGUGUUUGUUCAUGUUCUUCGCCGGUCAUUGUCAGCCUUUCUUUAAUACGGCGAUUGUUGUCACCGCCAUCCGUAACUUCUCCGACUAUGGAGGGACCGCCGUUGGUAUUAUGAAGGGUUAUCUUGGGCUAAGUAGAGCAAUUCUUGUUCAAAUGUACCACAUUUUCUGUGAAGGUGACCCAGCGAAUUACCUUCUUCUCUUGGCCGUAGUUCCAUCAAUUUUCAUUUUGACAAUGAUGCCCUUCGUAAGGGCGUACGACACAGUCGUCCCUGGCCACAAGAAAUACUUGAACGGUCUCUCCUCCAUCUCCUUGAUCGUUGCCACCUAUCUUAUGGUCGUCAUAUUGGUUGAAAAUGUUAUCGGAAUGCCAAGGUCCAUGAAAAUAUGCUCUUUCACUCUUUUAGUUCUCUUGCUCGUCUCUCCUCUCUUGGUCACAGUUAGAGCACAUCGUGAAGAGAAAGAGAGACUCCUGUCUUUGGAUUUUCCGGUUACCGAGAGAUCUACCUUGCUUGACACUCCUAAGCCCAACACUUCGAAUGAUGUUGAUGUUGUCAUGACCAAUGACAUGAACGUCCUGGAAGCAAUACGUACAAUCAACUUCUGGCUUCUAUUCCUGGCGAUGAUAUGUGGAAUGGGAUCAGGGCUCGCCACGAUAAACAACAUCAGACAGGUGGGCGAGUCACUUCGCUACUCUACGGUUCAGCUCAAUUCUUUGGUGUCUCUUUGGAGCAUAUGGAGCUUCCUAGGCCGGUUUGGGGCAGGUUACAUCUCAGACGCAUAUUUACAUAGUCAUGGCUGGCCAAGACCGGCUUUCAUAACCAUAAGUCUAGUCAUAAUGGCUUUAGGUCAUAUUGUCAUGGCCUCUGGUUUACUAGGAAGCCUAUAUAUCGGUUCCUUGUUGGUUGGGUUAGCGUACGGCUCACAAUGGGCACUCAUGCCGACUAUAACCUCUGAAAUAUUUGGGAUUCUUCAUAUGGGAACUAUAUUCUAUACAAUUGGGAUAGCUAGUCCCGUAGGUUCUUAUAUUUUCUCAGUGAAGGUAAUAGGCUACUUUUACGACAAGGUAGCUUCUGCGGAUCAUUCUUGUUAUGGGAGUCACUGUUUUAGGACUUCAUUUGUGAUAAUGGCGAUCAUGUCAGUGCUUGGAUCUCUUAUUUCUUUUGUGUUGUUCCUCCGCACAAAGAAGUUUUAUGCAACGCUUGUGGCCAAGAGGAUCUUGAAGUGAUUAAUUCUUGAAGCUAGGGUCUGGA